CUCCGGUUGCGCCUUGCCCAGCGCUCGGCAGGCACGUCGAAGCCGGGCUCUGCCCUCCAGCAGCAACCCCGCUCCCUCCUCCAGCUGAUCGAGGCUUAGUAGCUGCACCGUGUCUACAAGAUGGCGGGAUCGGUGGCAGAGAGGGACGCGGUGAAAAUAGAGGAUGGGCAUUUAAACAACUCCUUGGGAUCUCCGGUGCAAGCAGAAGUGUAUUUUCCAAGACUGAUUGUCCCAUUCUGUGGGCACAUCAAAGGAGGAAUGAGGCCGGGCAAGAAGGUCUUGGUCAUGGGCAUCGUGGAUCUCAACCCAGAGAGUUUUGACAUCAGUCUUACGUGUGGAGACUCAGAGGAUCCUCCUGGUGACGUAGCUAUCGAACUGAAAGCCAUAUUCUCAGACAGACAGUUCCUCAGGAAUUCUUGCGUUUCUGGCGAAUGGGGAGAAGAACAAUCAUCUCUUCCUUAUUUCCCAUUUAUUCCAGACCAACCCUUUAGGGUUGAAAUUCUUUGUGAGCACCCUCGUUUUAGAGUAUUCGUGGAUGGACACCAGCUUUUUGAUUUUUACCACCGCGUUGAGAAGUUGUCAGCUAUUGACACGAUAAAGAUAAACGGAGAUCUCCAACUUACUAAACUUGGUUGACCUUUUUAUUACUAUUUUGAAAAGAAAAACAGAACAAGAUGAAAACCAAAAUAUUAGAUUCCAAAUUGGCUCAGGUGCCACCAGCAUCUGUCUGAAGGAGCAGUGACAACUAUACUUGAACAUCUCCCUAACAGACAGGCGUCACAGUUUCAUUCCUAUAAGCAGUAAAGAACACGUUGAUGAACUGCAGUACUGUUUCUCCUAAUGAAGAAAGCAAUUGAUGAUGAAUAAAUACUGAGCCCUUCUUCUUCCUUUGGAACAAAAAGAGCCUAUCCCUGCUGGAUAAUCAAAUUGUAAAGGAUCUGAAAGCGUUACUUCAUUCAUUGUCUAAGCGGCAUAAGCUAUUCGUUUUUGAAACCAAGUGCUAAAUCUAUAAGUAAACACAGCAAAGAAAAAGUUUUCUUUUGCAAUAAAUAAAUAAAAUAAAUAUAAAUUGCUCCUGCACUUAAGUGGAUUAGUGUAAGUGUAACACAGAUCACAAGAGAGGGCCAAAUCUUGAAGUCGUUAUUCAAUGUCUAAUGCUGGUCUCAUUAAAAUCAAUGGCAGAAGUCCCAUGGACUUUAAAGGUGCAUGUUCAGCUAGACAAAAUGGCUGGAGCUCAGCACACACAUCCCAUUGAAUCAAGAGGACUGGAGUGUGCUUAAUUGUGUACUGGUUGGCAGCGAGGUACUAUUGUUUUUACCUUGGUGAAUUGGUUGCCAACGAAAGGGUAGAAACUGAGUAAUGGCUUCUGGAUUUGGCCUACAUAUUUUAGUCAGGGUAUGUGCAUAGAAUGUAGGUCAUUAAAUGUUUUGCACAAUGUAAUAUUAAUACAAUUUUUAAAAGCUUUCUUCUAGUUUAUUUAUUGAUACUCAUUGUGUUAAUGUGUUAACAGUAAAACUGAACAAUAUUAUUGAGAUUGAAGAGCAGCGAAGUAUAAACCUUCUGAAUGUACAAUUGUUCUUUUGGCAAACACUAACAUAUCAUUUCAGAAAUAUGUCUUUGUCUUUAGGCAGUUGAUGGUAUUCUUAUGGUGCCCUCACAAUUCACAGAAGCAUGGUCUGUUCAUGUCUUCACCAGAAACUGCUUUCAGUGUGUUGUAACUCUCCUACAAAUGGUAGCUCAGAACUAUUAGACAUUCGGGGUAACAAUAGGUUUUUCUAGGUUUAUUGGUGCUUAUAGCUGCAAUCCGAUAUCCACUUAGCUGGAAGUAAGCCCCAUUCAACUCAGUGGGACUUACUUCUGAGUAGACACAUAAAAGAUUGCACUGUUAGAGCUGGAGAAUACAAUUGUAUUUUGCAGACUACUAGCCCUUUGUGGCUACUGUCCUUGUUGGGGGAGAGAAUAAAAUUCUCAGCUCAUCCAAGGACAAAAAAAUUAGCCUUUAUAACUGACCCAAUUAAUAUUGUAGGAAAAUCAGAUACGUUGACACAAAUAAUUGUAUUAUCACUGUAAUUACACCACACAAUGGAUGAUCACAGUGACUAUUCAUAGAAGUUUUAGGAAUCAAUCCAACCUGUACCCCUUGGACAGUGUUUCACACUCCAUCUUGGAUGACGUUUCACAGUGGGCUGUAAAGGACUUAUUUGGGUGUUAUAGUCUGAUAAAUAAACAUGUAUUUGCAUUAUUUUUAAAACUUGUAUUAUAGUGACUUUUAAAGACAUUUAUUAUGGAUGCAUUUUGUAGUAUAACAUUUUUUAAAGUCAAGAGAAGUAAAAAAACCCACUUAUGCUUGAAUCAUAAAGGAGGUCUGUUUCAAUCAAUUAAUCAGUGCAGGAACCUUCUUGUUUAAGAUUAGAUUUUUUUUAAAAAAAAACACGGUGCACUCCCCACCUUUCAGCUAGAAGUUCUAAGUUUGUUUGAUCAGUCAGUUAGCAUCCAAUUCAUUUAGUGGAGUAGCAUUUUCCUUUCAUUAUGGAACUCUAUAAAACAGGGCCCCUUUGUUUCUCCUAGUUAGCCUAUACUCUCUGGCCUACAGUAGUGCCAUAUUUUGAGGUUUUCUUCUCUCACAGGUGGCAGGCCUGGCUAGUUUGCGAUAGAAAGUCACCACAGUACCCCAAAUCUGCCUACUCCAUCUACUAAAUUUGGUAUCAUCAUUCUAUUCCUUGCCUCUGCCUUAAUGGGUAUAAAGAAGGGAUACAAAAGUUAUCCU